UUUUAUUACAAAAUCAUAGUUCAUGAAAUUCAAAAUUCACUAGAGUAGAGCAAUUAUAAUGCAUCAUGCUAAAUUAAAAAACGAUUGUACCUGUAGUUUUUGAGUAAAGUGACCAAACCCCGUCACGAAAAGUUUUUUUGCCAAAUUAUAACAUAAUUUUAACAAAAGUUUGAGUGGAUGUGUCUAACUUCGUUUCGUGAUAUUUUUAUGCUGUUAGGUUCCACUGAGACAGUGUGCCAGUUUUCAACUCAGUCCUGUUGUGAUGAGAGUCAGCUUCGUCUUCUUCCAUGCCUUCAUUCUGCCUGCAAGCCAUGCCUUGAUCACCAAGCUACACAGGCGGAAGAGACCUACAUACACUGUCCUUCCUGUGGUCCUGACUUCACCAUGGAGCAGACAACAGUAGAUCAUGUCAGACGGAAUGAAGCUGCCUAUAAAGUCAACGCUGAUGGUGAGAUGAAAUGCAGCUACAUCGAUGAGGAUCAUGAUGCAAAGGCUGUGGUCUACUGUCACGAAUGUGAUGACAAGCUCUGCUCUGACUGUCAUAAACUCCACGACAAACCGAAACGGAAUCGAAAUCACAGAGUAACUGAGGUCAACCAGUCAAAGAAUAUCCCCAUGAAGCAGUGGCUGAAGGAACAUAAUUGCAGAGACCACCCUGCCAACAAACUGCAGCUGUAUGACCACACCUGUAAGAAGGCAGUCUGUCGUGUAUGUGAACUUGGGGCCCACAACAAGCACAAGAAUGAAGACUUGAAUCAGGCCUAUGACGUAGCGAAGGGUCAGCUGGAGAAGCAGGUGAAGAAGCAGCAACAUAAACUGAAAGAUGUCACUAGCAGGAUGAAAACUGUCACAAGUCACCAAACUGAACUGGGAACUACUCAGAGAAGACUGGAACAAGUUGCUACUAAAGUCUGUAAAAGUGUUGCUGCAAGGUUCCUUCAUCGACAGAGACAACUCAUGGAGGACAUUCAGGUGAGUCUACAGUCCCCAUACAGACUGGUUCAAGAGAAACUUGACACCUUACAUAACGUCCAUACUUCAAUAGUAUCUGCGAUAGACUACACCCAGAGAACACUUGAAUUAACAAGACGAGAGGAGCUCAUUACUCUCACAGAUGUACUUCAGACGAAAUGCGAUGACAAUCUGAAGAGGGGGCUUCCAGAAGAUGACACACAAGAUACGAAGAUCCUUCUUACCUUUCAAGGUCAGAAAGCUCUCACGGAACUCAUCGACACAUUUGGUGGACUUGUCCCCAGCCUCAACGUGGAUCACAUACCAGAUAAACAACCUACUUUACAGGAUCUCCAGAAAUGGAAUAUGCAAUUGACCUUAAAAGAGGAAAACACCAGGAAGGUACAUGAAGGACGGUGGCAUCAGCUUGGGGAGAUCAUUCAUCGUAUCACAGGAACUGUCUCCCGUACAUCUAAAUCACAAGGACUCCGACCUGAACAGCUAACAUCACAGGAAGUCGCAUCUGAACAGCUGACACCACAGGAAGUGGAACCUGAAAAGUUGAAGUCACAGGACGUUUUUCAAGCGGCUAAACAUUUCAUACUCGGAGCGUUCGCCCCUUUAGAGACACCUGAGCGUGGUUUGUGCCUGAAAGGGUAUUCAGGCACAGUGCACAUCCGAAGGAGGAGAGGACGUUCUAAAUUCAUCACUUGUAAGUAAAUUCUAUUUUUAUGCAGUUUGUUUAUGUGGCGAAUACUAGGCGUGGCAAUAGUGUUCUGUUGAUGGGAACCUCAACAUAUAAAACAC